CAUGAAGUAACCAACAUGUUAGUUUAUGAACUUUGGGUGGAAGUUCCAGUCGAACCAUCACUGAAUGGGGCGGGACUGUGACUUGGAUUUCCCAAGACAUCCCGUGUUAUCACUCCAAGAACAAAUAUGCAAGAGGCUAUGUUCCGCUAGAAUUAAUGACACUUUUGGAAACCGGCAACUGUAGAAUCCAAAGUUCGUGUUGUGGAGUGUCGGUGGAGGGAUAUCUUAAGGAGACGAGUGUAGCAAUCAUACAACCGGCGUGAAGUGAAAGCAAUCAGUUACAAUUGCUGACUGGCGUCAAUAAAGCUGCGUCACGUUGACGGGGCUUCCAUACGUUUCCAAGUAAGGAGAGAUGGAGAACGGCGAUGUGAGCAGAGGGAUGGCUGGCUCAGGAGAGAGCAGUGUGGAGUUCAGGCUGCUGAUGGCCUACGCGCAGAGAAGACGACCCCGAAGUGCGCAGCAGCCACAGCCGCAGCCUGGCGGAGAACCCCCCAGGAGCCCCAACAGGAAGAGGAAGAGGUCCAGCAAGCUGAGGAAGCUGCUGCUCAUGUGUGUGGGUCCCCAGGGAGACAGAGAAGAGGAGCCGAAGGGAGAGACUGUUGAUGUAACCAGUUUGGCAGACAGGCUGAGCAGUAUUGUAGAUUCGGUGGACAUGAACGUGGAUGACAUUGAGGCAGACGGCCAAGAUGAUGUCAUUCAGCAAAUCGUGGACCUGUUGCGAGAGUCCGGAGACCAGUUCACCGAGAAGAUAAAGGAGGACAAGGUUUUGGCUCGGCACUUCGGCGGCGGCGACUUCACCUACGCCGCGUUCGCGAGGAUCGCCAGCCGGUUCCUCCAGGAGGUGGCGCCCUCCUCCUCCUCCUCCCCCUCCGGCGCAGUUUCCAGGAUCGCCCUGGCCUGCGAGGUGACCCGGAAGCUGACCGCCGUGGACGGGCACCCCAUGAACAUGGUGAUGGGCUUCGGGGCCAAAUACCUGCGGGAGAACUUCUCCACCUGGGUGCAGCAGCACGGGGGAUGGGAGAAUGCAUUCGCCGACGUAGAAGAGGAUGAGGUCGAGUGAUGCGGAGGAGGAACGGGGUCUCCCGCCCGGACCACGGAGGGGCGUGGAGCUCCCCAGCCCCGCCCCCUCUUCUUCUCCCGGCUUCAUCUGUAGCGAAACAUUCCGUGCCAAUCGAAAGCUUUCUUUGUGCAAUGAAAAAGGCAAAUCAAAAUGGCUUCCGCCAGAUAAAUGCGAAGUGAGCCCGGGUCCCCACGGCAGGUAAACUCGACGUGACGUCCGUUAAUUACAAAAAAAAAGGGAUUCAUCGGCCAGUCACAAAAUUAAUUUCUGAGGUUUCUUCUGUGCGGUUUUCCGUUGGGAGUAUUUUCCGAUGCUUCCAGCGCAACAGAAGCUCUGUUGAAUACUGUCAAACAGACAAAUACAGAAUGAAGUGCAAAGUUCAACAGCCACUUAAGCCAAAUGCUAAGGCCACGAAUGAACACACUUUUUGGUUAAUUAUUUGCACAUGUAGGCCUACUCGGGGAGGGUCAGACUUUACUGCAUUACACCCUGCAAUUAACGAAUGGAUUUGCACGUUGAGAUAUUUUUUCCACAUAGGGUGCUUUGGGGAGGGCUCUGUACACACUUAGAUAUAAGAUAAUACGUUUAUGAGUGUGCUACUACAUAUAGGUAUAUUGAUACCCAUUCAGCCCACCUACAUAACCGUAUUUGCAGGUGCCACAAAGAUGUUAGCAUUACAUCAUUACAUCAGUCUUGCCCUGCCAGGAAAUUGAGCCAUUAUGCAACUGGACUGGUACCAAGAUGACUUGUACAGUCAAAACACCACAGUGGAAAUGGCGGCCAACGGUUAUAGUUCCACUGCAGUACGUCGGGAUUAAAUCUUGAUAAUUGUUAUAAUUAUAAUGAUAAUUACAAAUGACUGAAAACAAGACUGUGAAGGCCCUGUGUUCGCUGUUUGAGAGGUCAGUUAGUUUCACUGAAGCAUUGAUUCAAAUGUUUUGUUUGAGGAGCUCUUUGGCUGUAGUGUUCGCUCGGUGAGGCAAACUGAUCCCAGGUCAGUACAGCACCAGCCCCAGGGACUUUCCUCAUCUGGAUCCGACUGGUUUCAUCUGGAUCGGACUGGUUUCAGGCGGAUCUGACUGGCUUCAACUAGAACUGUCACGCCAGCUUUGGCCAGCAGGUGUCGCCUAAUCUAGACAAUGCAUUUUAUUUCAGUGUAUUCCCAGUGCAUUACAGUUCCAUUACAGUAUAUACUGAAUGAAGAAUGGCUGCUCACUUAUCUGUUCAGAUAGAUUCUGAUCAGAAGGGCAAACAAGCCAGCGGGAAUUUGCACAUUUUCAGUUGAUUGCAAAGUACAUGUUUAUAUAAACUGCUGCUGGGCUUUGGGUUAUUUGGCUGAUGCCAGCCUGUCUUCCUUGCCUCAAACUGCCGUGUGGCAGACAAUGUGGUUUAUACCACCAUGCUAUAAUCUGCAAUAGUUUGCUCUGCAAACAUUUUCGGAGAUUUGCACAUCUGAAGGAAUCGAGAUCUUGAAAUGACUCUCCGUUCACCAGCUAUCAAAUCCCUGUGAAUACGACACUUGCGUUUUCUCUGGGAUUAGAUGGAGCGAGUGGGUGUGUGUGUCUGUGUACUUGCAUGUGUUUGGCUGUCUGUGGAUGCUUGUGUUUGUUUUCUAUUUGUAAAUAUUUCUGCCGUGUACAAACAGAAACACUUUUUUUUUUUUGCAAAAAUGAAAUGUAUUAUUUGAAAGACAAAAGGUUUUCUGUGGUUUUAACUGAAAUGUAGCCCUUCAGAAAAAUGUUCUGGACUGUAACUGAUCUAUCUGUGUUAUGUGCCCUUGUGUUGGAAAUGGUAACAGAUAGGAACUAAGCUCCAUUUGAUCAGAGCAGUUGACUGGCCACAAGGAGAUGCUCUAGCCAAUCAUGCAUUGUUUCAAGACUCCUGGCUACAGUCGACAAUGACAUCACUGUAUCAGUGUCUAGUGCCUCGGCAGCAUUUACGAAUUUAGGAAGAAGAAAAUACGCCUUGUCGUAAUUUGAUGUUAUUCCUAUGUGUGUCCACAAGAGGGAGCCACCAGAAUUUUCCCAUUGCAACAAACAGUGCGGCACAUUACUAUGUCUAAAAAAUUAACGGCCACAAGAGGGCGUCACUAGAACUUUCCCUUCUAAAGAUUGAAACGUGCGGAUAUUAUCUGCUACAUCCUGUUCUGGUUACGGAUACUACAAUCUCUCAUAAUCAAUUUCUUCCUCAUGUCAGCCAAAAUCUUAAACCACAUGCUGCAAUUAACGAAUGGAUUUGCACGUUGAGAUAUUUUUUUCACAUAGGGUGCUUUGGGGGGGCUCUAUACUCACUUAGAUAUAAGAUAAUACGUUUAUGUGUGUGCUACUACAUAUAGGUAUAUUGAUACCCAUUCAAUCCACCUACAUAACCGUAUUUGCAGGUGGCGCAAAGAUGUCAGCACAGGUAUAUUUUUCCAUUGGACACAAAUGUCAUGGGAGUUUUUUCAAACUCUCAGCGCCUUUGCUAACAUUGACCUGUGUGGGCUCACGACAUUGCUUUGCGAUCGUUUUUUCCCCUUCAAUAUUAACAAAUUUGCAGGUAUCACUCAAGACAUCGAAAAGCAUUGAUUUGGUAAUCGUGACACCAUCAUAUAGUUUAGUAAAGCUGUUUGUAGUCCAAAAUUUUGACAGAUGAUCCCGGUAAUAAAGUUGGAGACAGCAAUAGCCUAGAUACAUUAUCAAAGGUCUGGAGGCUACAUUUUCACUUGCUCACUUGGUUAUAAUUUUCUCAUGAGUGAAGAAAUAAAACUGAAGCUUUCCGUAAGCUCCAUUCGAGUGUCAUUCUGUAGUAUUUUUGCUUGGCGGCGCAGUUUAAACACAAGUGAAAGAAAGCCGUGUUACCUUUUUUCUCUCCAGCCUGCAGCGUCUGUCGUUUGUCUUAUUCCGUACCUGUUCCGUACACGUACAGAUGAAUGCCCCUCAAAAAAUAAUUUAAAUACAACAACUGGUCAUAUACAUGUUUUUUCAUACUUUAAGCCCACCACUUCAUCCGCUACAAUUAAGUUUAAGAAACAAUCUGUGUAACACUGUGUAACGCCAGUACAUAUGUAAAGCGAGCGUCACAUGAAAGGGAGCCGCCCCGUUUACUCCAGCAUAUACGGUUUGACAGAGCGUGACGCAAUGUUUGUGUUUUGGGGAGCAUUUAUGGGGUAUGUAGUUAAUAACUCGACGUGAUUGCUGAAGCCGAUUAGUCGUUGGACUUCAUUUCCCGAGUAAACCACUGUCGAAAAACCACGCGGUAGCCAGGUGUCUGCAAAUUGUAAAUACACCACCGCUGCAGUGCUUCAGAAAGCUUGUCUGCAGAAGCAGGAAGUCCCCAGAUGGAGGCGCUGUUGAAGUCUGUAAGUCGGGACCUCGGAAAUGGAAAACAAGUGGCGAGACCGGGGCUUGAACCCAGAACCUCAUGAUGCCAAGCCCAUGACAAUACCACCACACCACCAUGGUAUUCACGCUCCGCCCAUUGGAGCAACAGUGCAUAGAAGAUAAACCUACAGCACUGUAAGAGAAGUAAAGAUAAUGAAUGGGGUUUGAACCCUGAAGCUUUGCGUCCGUAGGCAAGGCUACUACCUUCGCCCCACCUUCCCUUCGGUGGGUUUGCCGUCUCUGCAGUGGACAGAAGAUGGUGACAUCACAGAAACACGAGAACUAAAGGUAAAGAACGGGACUUGAACCCUCAACCUUUCGGCCCGGAGGCAAACACAGUACCUCUACACCACCGAGGAAUCGACGAGUUUGUUGGUGACAUGUGGAUAGAAGAUGAUGAGAUCACCAAAACUCACAAUGAAUAAAGAUGAGCGAGGUUCGAACUCUUUACCGUUCCAACCAGAGGCAAAGCCAGUACCGUUACGCCACAGUGUCCUGAGCAUGUGGUUGUUGAUGCGGUGCAUAGAAGGUGAUGAGACAACAGAAACAAAGGAGAAAUAAAGAUGAAGAAUGAGGUUUGAACCCUCGAUGCUGCGGUUCCCAGACGGCAACUCUACCGUUAAGCCACGGUGGCCGUGGCUGUUUCGGCGGGCGAUUAUAGUGGAUUUAAGAUUAUGAGACAGAACUCAAACUCCAGAUUUACCAGGAUUUUUCAGCCGCUCAUAAUCCACAGUAUUUUGCAUAACCUCUUUUUUUUUUAACGUAGUGACCUGGUAUACCUCAGAUACAGAAGUGGUGUACGUUACUGCAGUAAUACAGGCUAAGACUAAUUUUGCUCUUGGACACCUGGGAUUUGAACCCCUGACCUACGGGUUACAAGUCCAGUUCCUUAACCAUUACACUAAACUACAGUAAGCUCAAUACUGCUGAGCGUGAUGCAUUAAGUACUGCACUGCUGCUACAGUGAGCUCAAUGCUUGAUGGCUUAAUGCUUAUUGGCUGAUGCAGUGGACAGAAGGUCAGAAAUACAAAAGGAAGUGUUGUGUGAACCCACAAGCUCUGUAUACAGCGUUUUAUAUUUUAUUUUUAAAUGUUUAGAAAUGUUAAGCAAAUGUAUAUUUUUGUAAAAGGUGGCAAAACAUAAACCCAAAGCUGAAUAUAUAGAAGCUACUUUGUGAAAGCUUUUGUCUCAUUGAUGGAAUUCCUUUGCAUUUGUGAGUUGUGAUUUUAAACUGGUGAUUCAAAGUGUCUCCAAUCAGAGCACCUUAUUAAAGGAGUAAUAGCUUACAGGUGUGACUGAAGGUGAUUAGUUGGUUAAAAAAAUGUUUUGCCUUUGUAUGUAUUCCUUCACAGCGAUCAAAUGAGAUAGUCCGUGUUGCCGUUACUGCACAUCAGAGAAUGCUAAUUUUCUCUGCUUGCGUAAGGCAUACUGUUCAGUGAACAGUUUCAGUGUGUGUUGAGGUGCUGGGGUUUUAAGUGCACAGUACUCAGUGUGCAUUUCGGAACUGUAUUCUUCCAUUAAACUGCAGCUUUGAAAGUUGAACUUGAGUUGUCGUUGCGCAAUAAAAUGACCAUGCAAUAAUAACAGUUUCAGUCGACCUUUCUUAGCCCCUGAGGACGAAUUGUGCGCAACGUUAAAAAUCCACAUACAUUUGACCCUACAGAGCGCUGCUGUUUUUUAAUUCGGCUUGCGCUGCUGUAAAGCUAUUUUUAUCCAGCAGAGAGCUACAUGCUUCACCUGUAGCGCCCAGAACUGAUUCCACCGAUGCGUUCCCCCAUAAUCUACUUUUAAACUUCUUUUUU